CUGGGGGAGUCGGGGAGCCGCGCGGCCAGCCCUUCCCCCCCCUCCCCUCCGGCUCCCGCACCGCCGGCCUCCCUCCCCCUCCUCCCCCUCCUCCUCCUCCUCCUCCUCCUCCUCCUCCUCCUCCUCCUCUCCCGGUCGCAGCUGCCGGCACCAUGUCCGCCGGGGGAGAUUUUGGGAACCCGCUGAGGAAAUUCAAGUUGGUGUUCCUGGGGGAACAGAGCGUCGGAAAGACAUCUCUGAUCACGCGGUUCAUGUAUGACAGCUUUGACAACACAUACCAGGCCACCAUUGGGAUUGACUUCUUGUCAAAAACCAUGUACUUGGAGGAUCGUACGGUCCGUCUACAGCUCUGGGACACGGCCGGCCAGGAGAGGUUCCGCAGCCUGAUCCCCAGCUACAUCCGGGACUCCACGGUGGCCGUGGUGGUGUACGACAUCACGAAUCUCAAUUCCUUCCAGCAAACCUCCAAGUGGAUCGAUGACGUGAGGACGGAGAGGGGCAGCGACGUCAUCAUCAUGCUGGUGGGCAACAAGACCGACCUGGCUGACAAGAGGCAGAUUACCAUCGAGGAAGGGGAACAACGCGCCAAAGAACUCAGUGUCAUGUUCAUCGAGACCAGCGCCAAGACCGGCUACAACGUGAAGCAGCUCUUCCGACGCGUGGCGUCCGCUCUGCCCGGCAUGGAGAACGUCCAGGAGAAAAGCAAAGAAGGAAUGAUUGACAUCAAGCUGGACAAACCCCAGGAGCCCCCGGCCAGCGAGGGCGGCUGCUCCUGUUAAUGCAGAGCUGGACCCCCUCAGCUUCCUCCAACACCACUUGCUUGUUGUGUGGCUUCCUAUUGGUUAGCUUCCUAAUGGGGUGGGACAUGAGUUGGUCAAGAUGGGAGGAUUCUUUUCUUUUCUCUCUCUUCUAGGAGUGGGGUGGGAUGGGGGGGAGGGAGGCCGGGUAUCAGGGAAUGACAUCACUUUAACAAGCUCUUACUUAUACAACUAUUUUUUUGGUUUGGUUGUAAUAUAUUGUACUUUAUUAAGAUUGCCAAAAACUGUUAAAAAUUUUAAAAAAAAGUUUAAAUCAUGUGUAUACAACUUUUUGCCAGAUAAAAAAAAAACAACGUAGUUGUUUUUAUUUGAAAAGGUGUGUUUUCCUUUUCGUUUUUUUUUUUUCUUUCUUUUGUAUAUUUGUAAACUUCUAACCUUUCCCACACACCUCCUCCUUCCUGUUCUCUUUCCUGUUGAUCACCUUGGCCUUCCUCCCAUCAUCUCCAGCCCGGGGAAAUUAAAACAAUUCACUGAACAAAUGUAAUUAGGUUCUAGCCCCAGGCCAUCUGGCCCAGGCCAACCAGGCCCUUCCAUCCCUCCACAUGGUCCAAUGAAACAUCGGGUACGCGCUGCCAGCCUCUGAAGACACAGCUACGGAGCCCUGAGCUGAAAGGAAGAAGUUGGGGUGGGGGGGGGACGUCUGUCUCUCCUCUCCUCCGCCUUUGCUACCCUCCUUUCCUGUCCAGUGACCAGCAGGACAAGAGGCCAUCGGAAGGAAGGACGAGGUACUGUUGGCCACCGUUAUAGACUCUUGAUUCUCCGUUGCAGCUCUGAACUAUCGUG